AUGUCCAGUUAUCGUCAAAUCACCGCUCUUACUGUAGUUUCCGCAUCACUCUUUUACCUUUGGUCUCGCUAUUGCAGAAAGAAAAAAAACUCUCAGAGUUUAUCUGAUCAGGCUUUCACGCACAUGGCUUUCGCUUCACUCCUUUGCUGUGGUACAAAUCCGUUUCGCAAACGGAAAAAGACAAAGGCAAAGAACAAAGCUCCUUACAAAAAGAAACCGAGUUGUAGCGGACUCUCAGUGUCUGCCAUAGACGAAGGUAAGCAGGAUCUGGUCGUCUCUGUGACAUCACCUGAAGUUUAUGAAUCUGUUGCGCCACUGGACAAACCACUCAUCGAAGCUAAUACCUUCACCGACGUCCUUCCCGACCCCCUCGUACAUCUCGACUCUGUUUCCGAGGGGGCUGUUUUUCAAGAAGUAGCCGAGAGCUGUGAGAUUGUUGAAGAGGAGGCCUUCGUUUCCAAUUCAUCUUGUUCUGUUCAAAUUGGUCCCGUUGUUGAAGCUCAGGGAAUUCUUGAGGGUUCUUUUUUAGCUGCUAAAGACUGCACUCCUAUAAUUGAGCUCAACGACGUUACUGAAUCGAAUACCACUACCUUGGCUAAAUCUAUUGAUAAGGAUUCCUACGAAGAUCACGUUGUUGAAUCUCCUGCUACUGCUCAUGUAUUAGAAGUUAGCUACAGUCCACUGGAUUCGCUUAAGGCUGAAGCUGAGGAAGCAAUGUCACGUUGUGAAGAUUCAGCGUUAUCUGGCCAAAGCACUCAGGAGGAUAUAUUACACUCCACGAAUGCAGUUGUGUCGCAAUUCGUCUCCGCCGAACCGACAGACAUGGAGUGCCUUAAUGGCAUCGAAACUGAAGCACCACAAGCGAUGCUUGGCGUUGACGCUCACGAUUCGAUUCAUCCUCUUGGAAUUGUGGGAAUUGUGUGUGAAGCUUCCGCUUCUGAUGGAUCUCCGACUACUGCAAAUACGGAAAUGAGAGUUAUGCGACACUCUGAUAAUUUCCUGCAGGAGGUAUCUGGAUCUACAUCUGCUGUUCAACAUUCAGAUGAAUCCGCACGGAUUACGAGUCCUGAGUUUUCUGCAACUGCAACAGAGACGGAAGAAGUUCAAGGCGCCAUCGAUGCUCAUUGUGUUGUAGGAUCCACAAACGUACAUGAUUCGACUGAAACUAUUAGUGUCGCAGAGACUUGUGCUGUUGAAACAGCAAUUCCCACCUCUACGGCGUUGGACGCUAUGGGGGACUCCGAUUCGACUCAACAAGAGGCAUUAAAGCUGGUCAAUAGUGUUAGUACUGGUGAUCUGGGCGGACCUGUUAAGGGUGUUCAAGAAGCGGUUACGUCUUUCCCUCCUGAUUCUCAUGGAUUGCAAAUUAUGUUAUCAUCCACGGAUUCAGGAGUUCAACAAGAGGCAUCAGGAUACGCACCCCUUGAGUCGAUCUGUGUUCAGGCGAAUUCUGUGUCCCUAAUGGCCUCUUCAGACGUUGCCUCAGGAGUAGCAGAGUCUGUAGAAGCUUUAAAUGAAGCUGGUACCACUUUAUCGACUAGCAUUGAUGCUGCAUCACCGAAGUCGGGCAGUUGCGAGAGCGUUGUAGUGACUAGCGAUUCGGAUCAGGCACACCUUGCACCUGAGGAUGUCACAGAGGCUGGUGACAAAUAUCAAAUCCCUCAAGUGCCUAAGGGCAUUUUCAAUGAUCCCGAACACGAUAUUGUGGAAGCCCCACCCGAAGACUUUGAUGGCACGCUGAUCCCUCGAGUAUUGGUUCCUAGCGAUUUGCUGGCCAGGGCUGUUGAUGAGAAAAUCUGGGUUGAGUCUAUUAACGUACCUGCCUGUAUGGGUGGUGUGCUCAUUGGCCGAUUCGGGAAGAAUGUACGUGAACUGCGGACAGACCUAAAGGCAGAGAUGACAUUGAGCAUGAAUCCUGGGUGCCAGAAUUCUCUUCUCCUGAAAAUUAGCUGUCCUCUGGAAAAUAAGGAUAGCGUUAAUGAGUGGGUCAAUAAGCGCCUAAACACAAAGCCCUCGCAAACAACAAUCGGGAACCCUAAUCAGCUGCAGCGAUUACUCCCUCUCGGUCAGGUGACGGACGUGAUGGUACGCUCUCUUUACGGUCAGAAGGAGUUUUUUGUAACCAUUCAGGAUACUGAGUACAUUCGGUAUAGAGAAAUGCAGGAGGAAUUGGAUAAAGACUACUACUCCUUGAGUACGCCUCGAAUGCAGCUCUACGAGCCUGUCACAUCGGGCACGGUUGCUGUUCUUUCGCAUCGCCUUGGCUUUGCACGCGUUGUCAUUCUUAAGGUCCUUGUUAAAUGGCCGCGACUGGCUCUUUGCUUCAUGCUUGAUCACGGCACAUUCGCCAUUGCCCCCAUAACAGAUUUGCGUAAGAUUAAGACUAAAUACAUGCGGGUUCCCUUCCAAGCAAUUCAUGUUAGUUGGGCACAUGCGCUUCCAGUUUACACUGACGCCCCUGUUCUCCACAUACUGAGAACGUUCUUUGAACGCAGGAAAUUGUCAGCUUUUCCGGUUCGCAUGGAAACUUGCUGUCGGUCUUCUGUCGUUUUUCUGGAACGGUCCUCGAUAUCCUCACCUAAUGCCCAGCCGGCUUAUCGUGAUAUUCUAUUUGACGCCUGUCAGAAUUAUUUCUUCCAACUCGCCCCCGUAGUCAUCUCACCCAGUCGUCAAAUGUGGAUAAACCGGACCGACACUCCCUACUACUAUUGUCCCUACUCCGCUAUUCCCUAUGAUCAAUUUGUCCACUAUCUCCCUGAAGUAGAUGUUCAGCAACCACAGCAGGAGCAAGUUCAGAUGCAACAACAGCAACCACAGCAUCGGCACCAGCAGCAGCAAAGAGGAGGUCCAAACCACACGCAUAAUCGAACAAGACGAUUCGGGAAUAAUAGCGGUGGUGGUGGAGGGGCAUACAAACGGACCCAAAAUCUUCACACCAAUCACCAGAAUGGUCGUCGUUCCCGUAGGAACGGUCCCAUCAACAGCAAUGGCCAACAACAUCAGCAGAGGGCAAAGAAGAAGGAGUCAAAUGAAACUACAGCAGUAGCGAAAACUUGA